GAGAGAGAGAGAGAGAGAGAGAGAGAGAAUAUGGCGUUAACGAAGAGAAUUCAGGGAUGGUUCAAAUAUCAAGAACGUCAAGCUCUGAUCGUUCUAGGUCUGAUUUACGGCAACAGUAUGGCCACAUAUCUCUUGGCUAACUUGGUGACCUUCUUGACUCACAUUUGGAAGUUAAAGCUCAAGCAUGCUGUUGCAAUCAUAAACAUUAAAGAUGGAGCGGCAGGUAUCAUGGGGUUAGUGGAGGCUGCUCUCAUAGAUGCUUAUCUUGGCCAUGCUGGGAUGUUGCUCAUCACAAGUGUUCUUUACAGCAUUGGAUUGGGGUUGCUAGUAAUAUCAGUUCCUGAUCGGUUCUUUUCCAAUGGUGUAAAGUCAUGUCCAGCAAGGGAGAAAUUAUGCUCUUCAAAGCUAACUGCUUCACCAUUCUAUUGGGGAUUAGCUUUGAUUGUUCUUGCCAAGGCUGGCCAGGGAAUGUGUUUGAAAGCCCUCACCUUAGGUAAAAUAAAAUUCAAAAGAGAUCCACUCGAAACAAAGGAAUACAAAUUUGGUUUCUGGAAGUUUGAAUUUCCCCGAAGAAAGAUUCGAGACGAAAGGAAAUGUCAAAAGAAUAUUAUUCAAAUUACCUGCAACAUAGUUGGAGCUGCAGGUGGCAUCACAAUGAUUUUUGUAUUGUCAAUUUUUACCCCUGAUUGGUCUCAUCGGUUUUUGAUAUCUGCAUAUGUAAUGGCAAUUGGGAUCGCUAUAUUUUUUAGUGGAUACGCAUUUCUUUCCCCCCCUCAACUGCGAGCAAGUGCCCUCACAAACAUGUUGCGGGUCCUUCUGGCUGCAUUCGUAAAGAGGCAUCUUGACUCUACUAAGCAAGGUACAGAAUUUAACUAUAGGGAUGAAGAUCAGACACCUCAAGGUCAAGGUCACAACCAGGAGACACCUCAAGGUCCCAAGAAAAGGACGACGCUCGAUCGGCUCAAUAAUGCUGCAAUAAAUGUGCCAUGCAAUUUCUGCUGGUUUCCCGAUGGAUGGAUUAAUUGCACAGUGGAUGAGGUUGAGGAGACAAAGCUUCUGUUAAGAAUGGUUCCAAUCUCAGCUACCUUUCUUUUGUAUGGGGUGAUCAAAUCCAACAGUAAUACUUUUUUCAUUGCGCAAGGAUAUGCAAUGAAGAGGUCAUUUCAUUUCAUAUUACGAAAAAAGCAGCAUCAAAUUCAACUCCCCAUUCAAAUCCUCCGUCUUAUGGCAGGAUUCGCGACAUCUGCAGUGAAACCUCUGUAUAGGAUAGUAUUUGAACAACGAAUAGAGCGAAUGAAUGGGAGAUACUCAGCUGGAAUGAAGGUUGGUUUAGGAAUGGUUGCCGCUUUGGCUUGUUGUAGAGUUGCUUGGUGGGUGGAGAAUAAAAGGCUAAAAGCUUUGACAGAACAUGGCUUGUCAGGUAAUCCCGAUGCCAUUGCACCAAUAUCUGUAUUUUGGCUCUCUCCACAGUUUGUACUGAUGGGAAUCAUGGAUGGAUUAGCUCUUGGUGGUAUGGAGGAUUUCUUUAAGUAUCAGGUUCCAGAGUCAAUAAGGAAGAGAUAUGCACUCGUACUCACUGAAGCUGUGAUCGGAGGGGGAAAAAUACUGAACAUAGGGUUUAUUAUGAUAUUAGACGUGGUGGUCAUGAAGUUGAGAGCUGAAGAUGGAAGUUGGAUUGCAGACACUGUGAAUCAGAGCUGUUUAGAUCAUUUUUAUGCUGCAUUAGUGGUGGUGAGCAUAGCCAAUCUGUUAAUCUUUGCAUAUGUUGCUAGGUUCUACACUUAUUGUGAUUUUCUAAAAGAGGAAGACGACGAUGAAGAAGAAGAUCCACAUGAAGAAAUUAAAACUGGAAAGAAGCAAGACAAGAUGGAACCCACACCUGAUGAAGAAACUGAAAGAACAAUAAGAACUAAGGUUGUGCAAAAUGCCACUCAAUUCAGUGAAAUCGAAUUGAUCGGUAGCAAUUCACACCACUCUAACCAUUAUCAGCGUUAAACUUUAAAAUUUAUAAUCUGUCAACUGAACCGCUCCGUUCCGCUAUAGUUAAUACAUAUACAUUUUUUAACCUCUAAUGAAAU